AUGAAAUAUAUAUUCAUUGUCUUAUGUCUGAUACCCCAUUUAUAAUUAGUAAUUAACAUACCUUGUGAAUGUGCUCAUAUAAAGGAGGAGUAAAAAUGUAGUAAUUCUCAAUAAUGUUUGUGGGAGGUUAUGGUCGAAAAAUGUAUAUAUCAGAAAAAUAUUGGAUAUAAUAAUGAAAUGACAUCAUAAUCAUAUUGUUCAUAAUUUAUAGAAGAAGAGUGCAUUUUAAGCAAAAGAUGUGCAUUUCAUUUAGGUAAAUGCUAAGACUUUACAAAAUGCGACAACUUAUUAAAAGAUAGAUGUUCAUUAUCUUCAUUUUGGUGUAUUUCAAAUGGAUAAAGUUGUAUACCUAAAAAUGAGUGUUAAGAAUAUUAUAAUAGAGAGGCUUGCUAAAACAAGAAUAUCCAUGGUAAAUAUUGUGUUUGGAAAACAACAAAUAAUUAAUAAUAAUAGGGAUGUUGGGAUAUUGAAAGUUGUGAAGAUUUACCUUUAUCAUUAGUUACUGAUAAUGAAUGUAGAGAAUAACUUCACUAUUGUACAACUUCAAUUUAAGGUGGGUGCAUUAAAUAAAAAGAUAAUUGUAAUGAAUAUGCAUUCCAAGAAUAAUGUUAUUUAAUUAAAAAUAAUAUUAAAUGUUUCUGGGAAAAGGAGUCACAAUAAUGUUUUGAGAAAAAAUGUUCAAAUAAACUUUUGAAGACCUAUGAAGAAUGUACAUAAUUUUUGCCAAAUUGCACAACUAAUGGGAUACAUUGUAUCGAAAGGUUAUCCUGUUAUUAAUACCGAUUUUAAUCAGGAUGUGUAAGAGAUAAUUAAGGAAAGUCUUGCGUUUAUUAUUAAGGGAGGUGUUAUUCUAAGACUUGCGAUCAGGCUCCAGAUAUAGUGAAAUCUAUGAUUUAAUGUUAAUUAUUUGAAAAUGAAAGUUAGGAAUGUGUUCCAAAAAGAAACGGUGGAUGCAUGAAUAAACCUAAUUUAUGUAAUUAAUUAGAAACAUAAGAUGCUUGCUAAAUGAAUAUAUAAUAUAAUGGGGGUCUAUGUUUUUGGAAUGAUUAAAAUUCUAUAUGCAAAGUAAAAGAAUGUGUUGAUGCACCACUAAACUUUGAUCAUGAUUAAUGUAUAAGUUGGCUACAUGACUAUGAAUGUAUUGGUUCCUUGCGAAAUGGUUGUAUCUAGAAUGUUGAAAAUUGUAAUUAAAUAAAGAAUUUGAAAAGUUGUGUUAAAAAUAAAAAUAAAAAGAAAUGUGUGAUAGAAAAUGGUGAAUGUUUUGAAGAGGAUUGCUUUAAUUUUAAAUAUCCCAUUUAUGAUUCCCAUUAAAAAUGUUAGGAUAGGAUGAGUGUUUGCACUUAUAAUUAUUUGAAUAAGAGUUGUGUUAAUAAAGAAUGCUAAAACUUAUCUGAAAAAGAGUGCAAUUACGAUUUUAAUUUCAAUAAAUGUUUCCUUCCAUCUGGUUGUGCACAUAAAAGAUGUGAAUCAGCUUAAAUAUCGUAAAAUUCAUAUGAAGAUUGCCAAAAUUGGGAUGUUAGAUGCACAAUAAAUAUUGUUGUUAUAAAUAAUGCUUAACUCAUCUAUGGAUUAUUAAUAAUAAUGUCGAUCAACCCUUACAAGGAAUACCUUGUUAUUGGAAUUUAUAAACAUCGGAAAUGUGAAUUCUAAACUUGUAACAAUGGCUCCCUAGCUCAUUCAAUAAUAUUAAAUUAAAUGUUAUAGAUUGGGUUAAGAUAUUCAUAAUUAGAAAAUGUGUCAUAUAAAUAGAAUGGUGGAUGCAUUGAGCAAUUUUCAUAAUGCGAAUAAUUAACUGAAGAGUUACAAUGUAAUAUUGGUUCGUUAAAUAGUUUAUGUUAUUGGAAUGCAUAAUUGAAUUACUGCGAAAAAAGAACUUGUAUGAAUGCAAGUAUAACAAUUAGUACUAAUUUACAAUGUAGAUAAUGGUUAUCAUCUUGUAAAUUAAAUUAAUCUGGAUUCGGAUGCGAAAUUGACUCUGGUGUCUAUGAAUUAUGUACUGAUGCACCAGAAACAAAUCAGUUUAAUAGCCACGAAGAAUGCUAAGCUUGGAAUCCUAAAUGCACUUUAAAGUUUGGUUCUACAUGUGCAAAUAAAUUAGAAUGUUAGAACUAUUAAACAGAAAAAGAAUGUAAAAUUGAUAUUAAUAAUCAACCUUGUAAAUGGAAUGGAAAUUCAUGUAUUUCUAUAAAAUGUAGUGAUUAUUCAGGUACUCCAUCUAAAUAUAAGGAUUGCUUUUUAUUUUCGAAUAUCUGUACAAUUUCAUAUUAAAAGGUUGAGUGCAGAACAAAACAAUCUAAUUGCAAUAGUUAUCUUGUUGGAGAAGAUUGCAAUGUUAAUUUAGUUGGGGAUAAAUGUUCAAUUAUUAACUCUACUUGUGUUGAAGUAAAAAAUUAACAGAUUUUUCUAAGUCAUACUUGUAAUUAUGAAGACCUUUAAAAGGGAUUUUUAUAUCAAUAUUAUGAAAAAAAGUGUAUAGAGUCACCUCAAAGUUGUAAUUCUCUUACUGAAAAUGAAUGCAAAUCUUUAACAACAAUAAAUAAUGAACUCUGCUAAUGGGAUGGUACUCAAUGUCUCAUGACAACUUCAAACCCUUAAGUAGACUGUAGGAAAUAGAUUAGCCUUACAUAAGUAAAAUGCAAGAAUUUUUCAAAUAACUGUGAAUUGGAUUUUAUCCAAUUUGCACGUUGUACAUAUUCCACAUGUUUAAGCGUUUAAGAACAUCAAUGCAAUUUUAUUACUUUAAAUAGGAAUGAGUAAUGCACUUGGAAUUCUUAGACUUGUCAAGCCAGGACAUGUUCUAACAUGAAUGAAGAAAUCACUUCCACUUAUUAAUGCAUUUUAUGGUUAGAUUCUUGUACAUAUGAUGAAAAUAAGAAAGCUUGUGUUAAUAGAAGAUCUUGCAGUUAAGAAAGUGGUGAACUAUUAUGUGCCAAAGCUUCGUAUAUCACAUAAAAUUAAUAAAAAAUAUAUUGCUAUUGGAAUGUAGAUAUUUGCGCUGAUAUCACAGAUUGUACUUAAAUUUCAAAUUCUACAUCUCAUAGAAUGUGUUAAGAUAAACUAUCAACUUGCACAUCUUCAACUUCUCCUUUAAUUGCUUAAUGUAUCGAAGCACCAUUAUUUUGCAAUUAGAUUUAAGAAAAAAGUUAAUGCUUUAGAAAUUCUAAAUAUGAAUUGUGUCAAUGGAUUAAUGGUUAAUGUUGGUAAAAAAGAUGUUCUCUUGGUGGUAGGUAAAAGCCAGAGACCUAUAUCUCUUGCUAAAGAAAACCGAGAUCCCUAUUUUGUGUAUUCAAUCAAUAAACUGGAAAAUGUGAAGAAUUUACAAAAUGUUAAUUUAUUCCGAACUUACGUUAAAAUGAAAGGAAUUGCGUGAAAUAUAGCUCAUUAUGUCGGAUUAAUGAAUAAUAUAAUACUUGUGUUAGAAAUACAAAAUGUACAUAAGCAACCACCU